GACCAUCCGCCGUUAUUGGCAGGCACCUCAAAAAAUGUGACGGACACCUAAACUGUCUCUAAAGCACUUCCGGGUCGACACGCAUACAAACAACGACAGCUCACCGGAACGCUGGCCAUACACAGGUCUCCCACCGGUGUUGUGUGUGAUGAUGGAUAUGGUAAUGAGAAGACUAUAGCAAAUCCAACAUGGUGAUGCGGCGCAGGAUCUCGUACCUGAAGCUGCUCAUCAUCUGCCUCACCAUGACGACCAUCAUGGGUAUGUGGCUGCACUACUCCGCCUCCAACUGCCACUGUUCUCGUAGUGUUAACGACAACGACAAAAACAACGUGGUGCUACCCCCUCCAGACUCGCAUGUCCAGAAACCUCCGCAAGUUCCAAGGGAAGAAGAAGAGGACAAAGACGUUGACGACGGCGACAACAAAAAAUGGGGGCCACACAAACUUGCAGUGGUUGUCCCGUUUCGAGAUCGUUUCGAAGAACUGCUGGUUUUCGUUCCGCACAUUCACAAGUUUCUCAAUGAACAGAAAGUGCGCCACAAAAUCUAUGUCGUCAACCAGAUAGACCUUCAUAGAUUCAACAGAGCUGCGCUCAUCAACAUCGGUUUCAUCAUGGGGAGAGAUGAAGGGUGUGACUACAUGGCCAUGCACGAUGUUGACCUCUUACCUAUGAACCCUGACCUUAACUACGGCUACCCGGAGGAGGGCCCCUUCCAUGUCUCCUCCCCAGAGCUGCACCCGCUGUACCACUACAAGAAAUUUGUGGGUGGGAUUCUGCUCAUGAAGAGGGAACACUUUGAACAGGUGAACGGCCUGUCCAACAUGUUCUGGGGGUGGGGCAGAGAGGAUGAUGAGCUGUACAAACGUAUGGAGGAGGUCGGACUGCAGAUUUUCCGACCAGAGGGGAUCGAGACCGAUCACACCAACACAUUCCGCCACAUACACGACCGACAGAGAAGGAAGAGGGACACUGUGAGGGUGGGGGCACAAAAGGAGCUGCAGUUCAGAAGAGACCGAAUCACCGGUGUGGACACUGUGCAGUACUCAGUUGUCAGUACCCACAAUAUGAAAGUAGAGGGCGCCACUGCAACCAUAUAUAAUGUCAAACUGGACUGUAACACACAGUUGACACCCUGGUGUGAUCAUCAGAAAUAAAAGGUCCUUUGCGAAUUGCCAUGAUUUUAUUUAUUUUUGCAGGAAAUAAUAAAGUUUUUGCAAUGUUGUAAGUUGAAACAAUUCUGUAUACUACAACCAAGAAGGCUACAGAUUAUUUUUCAACCUUGCCACAACUUAGUAAUACUGUAAAAAUGGAUUUUCUCAGUGUCAUGUUUUUCAUCCGACCACUGUGAACAUUUUAAGAUUUACAGUACUUAUAUAUUAUGUUCCUUAAAGAGAAAAAAGUUGGCAAGCAGUCUUGAAAUAUAAGUUAUUCAGAAUGGAAGGUUGAAACCAGUGACUGUUGUUGCCUAUAUUCUGUAACUGAAUGACGUCAAUGAAAAUAUCUGCAAUUAUUGAGACAACAUUGUCUUCGGUUGUUUAGAAAGCUUUUGUCAUCCUACAAAUGUAUAAUCCUCAGCUCCAAAAUGAGCAAGCUUCUUAAGCAGAGGCUUAAAAAGUUGUGCAUAUGUAAUUAAGCAGAAAUAACAGCAAUGUGUGCAAUGCGACUGUUGUCAUGUGCCCCCUCACCCUUUGUUUGGUCCAUUGUGUUGUUAAAUUGUUUUGUAAUUGUCAAGAUGUGUUACAUGUAUAGAUCUGAAGACCAUGUGUGUCCCUCUUUCCCCAAGAGAAUAUACUUCGUAACAAUUUGGGAACAAGUACUUCGUGUUUCAGAUCUUUUUGAUAAUACUGGCAAUCGUUGAUUUGUUGUGAAUAUAUGCUCAUAUGUGUUCACAGCUUGUUGGAUUCUAUUGGUCACAUUUUAGUUUUAUAAGAAAUAAAACAUGAAGUGCC